CGUGUUUCCUCCAGAUGGAACUGGAAGCGUUGCGGUCUAUAUACGAAGGAGACGCGUGUUUCAGGGAGCUGAGCCCGGUUUCCUUCCAGUACAGGAUAGGUGAAAAUGGAGAUCCCAAAGCCUUUCUAAUAGAAGUUUCUUGGCCAGAAACAUAUCCACAAACAGCACCAGUCAUAUCGAUGGAUGCUUUCUUCAACAACACAAUAUCUUCAACAGUUAAACAAAGCAUAUUGGAUAAAUUAAUGGUAGAAGUUGAAGCUAAUCUUGGAACUGCUAUGACGUAUACGCUUUUUGAAUAUGCCAAAGAUAAUAAAGAAUUGUUCAUGGAAAAUCAGCCUGUUAACACUGUGACUUCAGCAAGCAAUAGUAUUGCAAUUGGAACUCCUGAUGUGCCAGCAAGUAAGAAGAAAGAUAAAAAGGAGCAGUUAUCCAAAACUCAGAAACGAAAGCUAGCUGACAAAACAGAUCACAAAGGGGAACUUCCUCGAGGAUGGAACUGGGUGGAUGUAAUUAAGCAUUUAAGCAAAACUGGUUCUAAAGAUGAUGAAUAAAGGACUUUGGUACAAGGAAACUCCACCUUUUAAUACAGUGCAAUUUUGGGUCACCAUCUUUCUCUUAAUAACUUUCUUACUUGUUGAAGUAAACGUUUUAUAAAGCUCAAUUUCCUAACUCAUAAACCUAGUCACAAAAGUUUAUCUAGAGACUUUGUGAUCUUUGACAACAAAACUUGCCUUAAAUGAAGGUUAAAAUGUGACAAAGGAUGUAGAGAGCCAAUGUGGUGAAAUGAGUAGUGAUAUAUGCAGUGUUAAUUAAUUUAUAUUUUACUCUGUAGUAAAAUCCUGUUAUAGUGAACCCAGUGAUACUGUAAACAUUUCCUGAUGUUCCUUUUCCAAUAGAAGAAAAAAGCACUAUAACAGUGAUUUGUCACUUGACAGCGUAAUUCAUCAAAAUAAAUUAUUCCAUGGAAACAAAACCUUUGUCAUUUGUUUAUCUAAUACAAAUAUAGAAGGAGAACAUAAAAAUUGUUGUAUGACAGUAAAGACUAGAGUUUGUGGUCUUAUUUUCACUAGUUAUUGGCUAAAAUGGUAAAUUCCAGCAAAUGCAAGGCCAAAUAUUCUUGUCUCUUCAAAAAGAGUGGUUAUAGCAGGAUUGUGUCUCUUUAUUUUGUGCAGUGUACAUCUGUUAGUCUUUCUCCCAUGUGUAUCUUUAGAGAGGCCUGAGGUUCGAGGCGGGGGGAUGUGUUGCCUCGUGUGUGCCUCAGUGAGUGUUGGGGUUUGGUAACUCUUUACUGAAGAAAUGGGGGUUUCUGGGAGGGAUUUGUUGGCUGAAUGGUGGAACAGUGGGAAGAAGUCAGCACUCUAGUGUAUGUGUUGGGAAAACUUUUCUUUUCUUUUCUCUUUUUUUUUCUUUUACUGGUCUGCUCUCUUGUAUUAGAAAGAAAAGUCAUCUUUACUAUAUGAACGGUAACUGAAUACAAGAUGCCUUAAUGUCCUUUACUUUUUUUUUUUGUUUUGAGGUGAACUUUAAUAAA